UACACAUAUCGUGUUGUCUAAAUACCAUAUGUUUGUCGUCUAGUUUACUGCAGUCAUUGUUGUUGUCACAUUGAAUAUUCAACCACACGUGCUCAGCACGAUUGUUUGAAAUUGUUUAUGUUAAAUUAACACAAAUCAUUUUAAUAUGGAUGAAAAAAUAAAGCUGUUCAUGACCCUUGGGCUUAGUGAACAAAAAGCUAAGGAAACUUUAAAAAAUUCUUAUGUAACUUCAAAUUUAUUGAAGUGCAUUGAAGAGGUUUCCAAUUGUGGAAAAAUAAAUCAGUGCAACAGCUCUCUGUUUUACCAUUUAGCAUCUAAAAUUCCUAAGCAAAUAAAUCAUUUAAUACCUUUUCUUUGUAAAUAUAUAGUAGAUGAGAAAAUAGAAUCAGUUUUAAAACUUGAUCAUGCUUUGGAUUAUUUGCUUCACAAUAUAAAUGAUGAGAUGGAUAUCAAUAAAUUUGAAGAAGCUUGUGGAAUAGGAGUUAUAAUUACACCCGAACAAAUCGAAGAAGAGGUACAAAAGUGCAUAAACAUUUUCAAGAAUGAAAUUCUCGAUCAAAGAUAUCGCUUUAAUACUGGUUUGAUUAUGCAAGAAGUUCGGAACCGUUUGCAGUGGGCUGAUGGAAAAAAUAUAAAAAAUGAAGUUGAUUUACAGUUAUUCGAUUUGUUGGGAGAAAAAACAGAAAAGGAUUAUGAUUUAAAAAAAACUAAAAAGAACGUCAAGGACAGUAAAGCUUCUUCUCAAAAAGAACUAACAAAAUCAUCAAAAAAAUCUUCUGCUGAAGUCUUGACAAUCGAUGAAAUUAUGAAGUCAAAAGUAAAUUUUCAUAAACCAGGAGAAAACUACAAAACAGAUGGAUAUAUCUUAACUAAUAAUACGAAGAAACUUUUAGCCGAUCAUUUACGUUCAACUGGUGGAUUAGUGAUAACACGGUUUCCUCCAGAACCGAAUGGAAUACUACAUCUCGGACACGCUAAAGCCAUAAAUAUUAAUUUUGGAUACGCUGCUGCUCAUGGCGGUCUUUGCUUCCUACGUUACGACGACACUAAUCCUGAAAAAGAGGAAAAACAAUUUGUAGAUGGCAUUAAAGAUAUUGUAACAUGGCUCGGUUAUAAUCCAUCUAAAAUAACUCAUUCUUCAGAUUAUUUUGAAUCCUUAUACGAUUUCGGAAUUUCUUUAAUAAAAAGAGAGUUAGCUUAUGUAUGUCAUCAAAGUAGUCAAGAAGUAAAAGGUUUCCAGACGGUCUCAAGUCCUUGGCGAUCCAAUUCUGUUCUACAAAAUCUUCGAAUUUUCCAAGAUAUGAAAGAUGGAUUACUAAAUGAAGGAGACGCAACCUUGAGAAUGAAAGUUACUCUCGAAGAAGGAAAACAAGACCCUAUUGCUUAUCGUAUAAAAUUUUCAAAACAUCAUAAAACAGAUGAUCAGUGGUGCGUUUAUCCUACAUAUGACUUUACGCAUUGCUUAUGUGAUAGUUUAGAAAAUAUAACGCAUUCACUUUGUACAAAAGAAUUUCAAUCUAGAAGAUCUUCCUAUUACUGGUUGUGCAAUGCGCUUGAUAUUUACUGUCCUGUGCAGUGGGAAUAUGGACGGUUGAAUAUAAGUUAUACCGUUGUAUCAAAAAGAAAAAUUUCAAAAUUAAUUGAAAAAAAAAUUGUUAGCCACUGGGAUGACCCAAGACUGUUCACACUAUCAGCAUUGCGAAGACGAGGAUUCCCAGCAGUUGCAAUAAAUAAUUUUUGCGCUCAAAUGGGCUUAACUGGAGCUCAAACAACCGUUGAUCCUAGCAUGCUUGAAGCUGCUGUCAGAGAAAAUUUGAAUAUUAAUGCACCUCGACAAAUGGUUGUCUUACAACCAUUAAAAAUAACAAUAGUAAAUUACCCAUUCAAAAAACCAAUCAUGGUUAAAGUACCUGAUUUUCCGCAUGAACCAGAAGGAAGUUACCAUAAGGUUGUGUUUGACAAAAUAGUAUAUAUUGAUUCAUCAGAUUUUCGAGAAAGCACAACAAGUAACUUCAAAAGACUAACUAUCAAUCAAUCUGUGGGCCUGAAGUAUAUUGGAAUUGUUUUGACAGUACUGGAAGUAGAAAGAGAUUCAAAUGGAUCAAUAACUAACAUUUUUGUGAAACAAGACAAUCUGAAUACUUGUACAAAGCCCCGGGCUUUUAUCCAGUGGGUCUCUCAGCCAUCAUUAGCUAAAAUAAAGAUAUAUGAUCGUCUAUUUCAGCACAAAAAUCCAGAAGAUUCUAAUGAAGUCGUUAAUGGUUAUCUGAGUGACGUUAACUUUAAAAGUAAAAAAGAAAUGUAUGUUUAUGGUGACUCAAAUUUUUUGCGUCAGGUCAAAACUUUACAAAAUUAUCAAUUUGAACGUGUUGGCUUCUUCACCGUUGAUAUUGAUACUAAAAAGAAUAAGGUCAUUUUCAAUAGAACAGCAACUCUAAAAGAGACAGUUGAUAAAUUUCUAUAAUAGAUGGUGUUUGAAAAGUAAUUUUGAAGUAUGCAAAAAAUAAAUUUCUUUAAUAUUUAAA